CCUCAGUUCCCGGCAGACAGCCGCCCGGGCCGGGCUCCCUCACCGCCACCAGGGCCGGAGGGACGAGUGAGAGGGGCGGCCGGGACGCGACCCCCGGGCCGGGAGAAGCGGAGGCCCGACGGGCGCGGCCCUCGAGCCGCUGGGAGCCGCGGGUCGGACGAGCCGCCGCCUCCUUCUCUGCGUCCAUGUAUGAGGGGAAGAAGACGAAGAACAUGUUCCUGACCCGGGCUCUGGAGAAGAUAUUGGCCGACAAGGAAGUGAAGAAGGCGCAUCACUCCCAGCUGCGCAAAGCUUGCGAGGUGGCGUUAGAGGAAAUAAAAGCGGAAACUGAAAAACAGAGUCCUCCUCAUGGAGAAGCAAAAGCUGGAUCAAGUACCCUUCCACCAGUGAAAUCAAAGACAAAUUUUAUUGAAGCAGACAAGUACUUCUUGCCUUUUGAGUUGGCAUGCCAGUCCAAAUGUCCUCGCAUAGUUAGUACAUCUCUAGAUUGUUUACAGAAACUUAUUGCUUAUGGGCACUUGACUGGCAAUGCUCCAGAUAGUACAACACCAGGCAAAAAAUUAAUUGAUAGAAUUAUUGAAACAAUAUGUGGCUGCUUUCAGGGCCCUCAGACAGAUGAAGGAGUUCAGCUGCAGAUAAUAAAGGCUUUACUUACUGCAGUAACAUCACAACACAUAGAAAUUCAUGAAGGGACUGUACUGCAAGCUGUGAGAACAUGUUACAAUAUCUACUUAGCAAGCAAAAAUCUCAUCAAUCAGACAACAGCCAAAGCUACUCUCACUCAGAUGCUAAAUGUUAUCUUUGCACGCAUGGAAAACCAAGCAUUACAGGAAGCAAAACAAAUGGAAAAAGAAAGGCAUCGGCAGCAUCAUCAUCUGUUACAGUCUCCAGUAAGCCAUCACGAGCCUGAAUCACCUCAACUUAGAUAUUUGCCACCUCAGACUGUUGAUCAUAUAUCCCAAGAACACGAAGGGGACCUUGACCUCCAUACAAAUGAUGUAGAUAAAAGUCUUCAGGAUGACACAGAGCCUGAAAAUGGAUCUGAUAUUUCCAGUGCAGAAAAUGAACAGACUGAAGCUGAUCAGGCAACUGCAGCUGAAACAUUAUCUAAAAAUGACGUGUUAUAUGAUGGAGAAAACCAUGAUUGUGAGGAAAAGCCACAAGACAUUGUACAGAACAUUGUAGAAGAAAUGGUGAACAUUGUUGUUGGAGAUAUGGGAGAAGGGACUACUAUAAAUGCAAGUGCAGAUGGCAACAUUGGAACUAUAGAGGAUGGUAGUGACAGUGAAAAUAUUCAAGCAAAUGGAAUUCCAGGAACACCAAUUUCUGUUGCAUAUACACCAUCCUUACCUGAUGAUAGAUUGUCAGUCUCUUCCAAUGAUACUCAGGAAUCUGGAAAUUCUUCAGGACCUUCACCUGGUGCUAAGUUUUCCCACAUUUUACAAAAGGAUGCCUUUCUAGUAUUCAGGUCAUUGUGUAAACUGUCAAUGAAACCACUGUCAGAUGGACCACCAGAUCCAAAGUCUCAUGAACUACGAUCCAAGAUUCUUUCAUUGCAGUUACUUCUAUCCAUUCUGCAGAAUGCAGGACCUAUUUUCAGGACAAAUGAGAUGUUUAUUAAUGCUAUUAAGCAGUAUCUUUGUGUUGCACUCUCAAAAAAUGGAGUCUCAUCUGUUCCAGAGGUUUUUGAGCUUUCUCUUUCUAUAUUUCUUACUUUGUUGUCAAAUUUCAAGACACAUCUGAAGAUGCAAAUUGAGGUGUUCUUUAAAGAAAUUUUCUUAUACAUUUUGGAAACUUCUACCAGCUCAUUUGAUCACAAAUGGAUGGUUAUUCAGACACUGACGAGGAUUUGUGCAGAUGCUCAGAGUGUAGUGGAUAUUUAUGUAAACUAUGACUGUGACUUAAAUGCAGCCAAUAUAUUUGAAAGACUAGUAAAUGAUCUAUCAAAAAUUGCUCAAGGAAGGGGCAGUCAAGAACUUGGUAUGAGUAAUGUUCAGGAAUUGAGCCUGAGGAAAAAAGGUUUAGAAUGCUUAGUGUCGAUUUUGAAGUGUAUGGUUGAAUGGAGUAAGGAUCAGUAUGUGAAUCCCAACUCUCAGACAACUCUUGGUCAGGAAAAACCCUCAGAGCAAGAGAUGAGUGAAAUCAAACACCCUGAGACAAUAAACAGAUACGGAAGUUUAAAUUCCCUGGAGUCAACAUCAUCAUCAGGAAUAGGCAGCUACAGUACACAGAUGUCUGGCACUGAUAAUCCAGAACAAUUUGAAGUCCUAAAGCAACAAAAAGAAAUAAUAGAACAAGGGAUAGAUUUAUUUAAUAAGAAACCAAAGAGAGGAAUACAGUACCUCCAAGAACAAGGGAUGCUUGGCACCACACCUGAAGAUAUUGCCCAAUUCUUACAUCAAGAGGAAAGAUUAGACUCUACUCAAGUGGGUGAGUUCCUGGGAGAUAAUGAUAAAUUUAACAAAGAAGUCAUGUAUGCAUAUGUGGACCAACAUGACUUUUCAGGAAAAGACUUCGUUUCAGCCCUUCGUAUGUUUCUAGAAGGAUUUCGUCUUCCAGGGGAAGCUCAGAAAAUCGAUCGAUUAAUGGAAAAAUUUGCUGCAAGAUACCUAGAAUGCAACCAAGGACAAACUCUCUUUGCUAGUGCGGAUACAGCUUAUGUUUUGGCUUAUUCAAUUAUCAUGUUGACCACAGACCUUCACAGUCCACAGGUGAAAAAUAAAAUGACAAAGGAACAAUACAUUAAGAUGAAUAGAGGUAUCAAUGACAGUAAAGACCUUCCUGAAGAGUAUCUAUCAGCCAUCUAUAAUGAAAUAGCUGGGAAAAAGAUAUCAAUGAAAGAAACAAAAGAACUAACAAUCCCUACAAAAUCAAGUAAACAGAAUGUAGCCAGUGAAAAACAAAGAAGACUUCUGUAUAACUUAGAAAUGGAGCAGAUGGCCAAGACAGCUAAAGCACUCAUGGAGGCCGUGAGCCAUGUUCAGGCACCCUUUACAAGUGCAACACAUUUGGAGCAUGUGAGGCCCAUGUUUAAGUUGGCUUGGACGCCUUUUCUGGCUGCAUUCAGUGUGGGUCUACAAGAUUGUGAUGAUACUGAAGUAGCCUCUCUUUGCCUGGAAGGUAUAAGAUGUGCAAUCAGAAUUGCAUGCAUUUUCAGCAUUCAGCUGGAGAGAGAUGCAUAUGUCCAGGCACUAGCAAGAUUUACCUUACUCACAGUGAGUUCCGGUAUUACUGAAAUGAAACAGAAGAACAUUGACACAAUAAAAACACUUAUCACAGUGGCUCAUACAGAUGGAAAUUAUUUAGGAAAUUCAUGGCAUGAGAUUCUGAAGUGCAUCAGUCAGUUGGAGCUGGCACAGCUUAUAGGAACUGGAGUGAAACCUCGAUACAUUUCUGGAACAGUGCGAGGCAGAGAAGGAUCUCUUACUGGAACAAAAGAUCAGGCUCCUGAUGAAUUUGUGGGUUUAGGGCUAGUUGGAGGAAAUGUGGACUGGAAACAGAUAGCAAGUAUUCAGGAAUCCAUUGGAGAAACCAGUUCUCAGAGUGUUGUUGUUGCUGUAGAUAGAAUAUUCACAGGAUCUACAAGGCUAGAUGGAAAUGCUAUUGUGGAUUUUGUCCGUUGGCUCUGUGCUGUGUCUAUGGAUGAAUUACUUUCCACGACACACCCAAGAAUGUUUAGUCUACAAAAAAUAGUAGAAAUAUCAUAUUACAACAUGGGAAGAAUAAGAUUGCAGUGGUCUCGAAUUUGGGAAGUUAUUGGAGAUCAUUUUAAUAAGGUUGGGUGUAAUCCUAAUGAAGAUGUAGCUAUUUUUGCAGUAGACUCCUUGAGGCAGUUGUCAAUGAAGUUCUUAGAGAAAGGGGAGCUUGCUAAUUUCAGAUUCCAGAAGGAUUUCUUAAGACCUUUUGAACAUAUAAUGAAGCGGAACAGGUCUCCAACAAUUCGAGAUAUGGUUGUACGGUGUAUAGCACAGAUGGUUAAUUCUCAAGCUGCUAACAUUCGAUCUGGAUGGAAGAACAUUUUCUCUGUAUUUCAUCUAGCUGCAUCUGAUCAAGAUGAAAGCAUAGUGGAACUUGCAUUCCAAACAACCGGGCACAUUGUCACCCUUGUAUUUGAAAAACACUUUCCAGCGACCAUUGAUUCUUUCCAGGAUGCAGUGAAGUGUUUGUCUGAAUUUGCGUGCAAUGCAGCUUUCCCAGACACAAGUAUGGAAGCAAUUCGACUUAUUCGCCAUUGUGCAAAAUAUGUGUCUGAUAGACCUCAGGCUUUCAAGGAAUACACAAGCGAUGAUAUGAACGUAGCACCUGAAGACAGGGUGUGGGUGAGAGGAUGGUUCCCAAUUCUCUUUGAGUUAUCCUGUAUCAUCAAUAGAUGCAAAUUAGAUGUAAGAACCAGGGGUUUAACAGUAAUGUUUGAAAUAAUGAAAACAUAUGGCCACACUUAUGAGAAACACUGGUGGCAGGAUUUAUUUAGAAUUGUUUUCAGAAUCUUUGACAAUAUGAAAUUGCCAGAACAACAGACAGAGAAAGCUGAAUGGAUGACAACAACUUGCAAUCAUGCACUUUAUGCAAUCUGUGAUGUAUUCACUCAGUAUUUAGAAGUACUCAGUGAUGUACUUUUGGAUGACAUUUUUGCUCAGCUCUACUGGUGUGUGCAGCAAGACAAUGAGCAGUUAGCGCGAUCUGGUACAAACUGUUUAGAGAAUGUUGUUAUUCUGAAUGGUGAAAAAUUUACCCUAGAAAUCUGGGAUAAAACUUGCAACUGCACACUGGAUAUCUUCAAAACCACAAUCCCACAUGCGCUGUUGACCUGGCGACCCAAUUCUGGAGAAACUGCCCCCCCACCUCCAUCUCCUGUAAGUGAAAAGCCAUUGGAUACAAUAUCACAGAAGUCUGUAGAUAUUCAUGAUUCUAUUCAACCAAGGUCUGUGGAUAACAGACCACAAGCACCACUGGUUUCUGCGUCUGCUGUUAAUGAAGAAGUCAGCAAAAUUAAAUCUACAGCAAAAUUUCCAGAACAAAAAUUGUUUGCUGCCCUGUUGAUUAAAUGUGUUGUGCAGCUGGAACUCAUCCAGACUAUCGACAACAUUGUCUUCUUCCCAGCCACAAGUAAGAAAGAAGAUGCAGAAAACUUAGCUGCAGCACAGAGAGAUGCGGUGGACUUUGAUGUUCGCGUUGAUACUCAAGACCAAGGAAUGUACCGCUUUUUAACAUCACAACAACUUUUUAAGCUACUGGACUGCUUAUUAGAGUCACAUAGAUUUGCAAAAGCGUUUAAUUCCAACAACGAACAGAGGACUGCCCUGUGGAAAGCAGGAUUCAAAGGCAAAUCCAAGCCCAACCUUCUGAAGCAGGAGACCAGCAGCCUGGCCUGUGGGCUGCGCAUUCUCUUCCGGAUGUACAUGGAUGAGAGCCGCGUUAGUGCCUGGGAGGAGGUCCAGCAGAGGCUUUUGAAUGUCUGCAGUGAAGCACUAAGUUACUUCCUCACUCUAACAUCAGAAAGUCAUCGAGAAGCCUGGACUAACUUACUGCUUUUGUUUCUAACUAAAGUUCUAAAGAUAAGCGAUAAUAGGUUUAAAGCUCAUGCAUCAUUCUACUACCCUCUCUUAUGUGAAAUUAUGCAAUUUGACUUGAUUCCUGAACUUCGUGCUGUUCUUAGAAGAUUUUUUCUGCGAAUCGGAGUAGUUUUUCAGAUAUCACAACCACCUGAACAGGAACUUGGAAUAAACAAGCAAUGAUGGGAACUUAAUAUUUUUGUUGGCAUUUACAUCCCUCCGCUCUUUAAAAGGACGCUGGAGCUGAGGUUUCCUACCUGAAAAAUGAUUUCUCUGGAUUGCAGUGUCUGAGAGUUACUGGUAAAGAUGCUUAGAAGUCUUACUCAAACUUGCAACACUCCAGUCCCUUUUAGUGCUGGCGGAUUUUGUGUGUUAUAUUGGCCUCAUGUUGAGCAGAAAGCCUGUUUAAACAGUGUCAGCUCAUGCUCACGGGUCCUUCCCUGUCUUCCACGGCAGGAAAAGCCCCACGUUUUUGGCAGGUGUGGAAGUGAAACUUACCCAAAGAACUAUAGAUGUAAAGAUUGAACUUCUACAAGAAGUACAACUCAGGAGAGCUGUAUUUUGAAGGAUAAAAUGUUUAUAAUUGGGGAGUGGGAAGAGAAGAAGAAAUUAUUGUUCAUGGUAAAAGAUAUUUAGCAACUAUGGUAUUCUUAUUCUGAAGAUUUUUGCACACUCAGGCUAUCUGAGAUACUGGUAAUCAUCCUGUGAAAAAUGUACAGAGAUGCAGGUCUGUAAUAUAAAAAUCUUAAAACAUUAUAUAGUUCUUCCUGCACUGUUUUCUUUAUUUUCUUAUUCAUUUGCUAAAUACCCAUAAUAUUUUAUCAAAUGCACUAAACAUUUGGGUGGAACUUUCUUUUUUAUUUUAUAGGGAUUUUUAGUUUUGCCCUUUUUGGUAGGUGGUGAUUUUGAGGCUUUAACAUGCCCAGAAGCUGUUGUGGCCAACACUUCAACAAUAGGGAAAAAAAGGUAGAAAAUAUCCCUACUGACAGUAACUACCUGUCACAUAUUUCUCUUAGGACUUUUAAAGAUGAGCCAUUAAAAUAGAAUGAUCCUUUAUGGACCAAAACUUGAAUCACUGCAAAAUGAAUCCAGAUUGCUGUCAUUUUCUUUUCUUUUGGGUGGUGGGGCUUGAUGUAGAUUUUACUCUAUGUACAGAAUUUAAUGUUGAAUAUAUUAAAAUAACAAAUCUGGCAUGGUUUGCGGAGGUUAGAUUUACUGGAAAUGUAUUCAUACUGUGAAUUGUGCUCUGAUGGUUAAAAGACAAGAUUGUCAAGCAUUCCGUAUUAACAGUGGAUGUAGAAAAUUUUUUCAGAUGGAUAAAAUGUAUAUGGUACAGAUGUAAAGUUUUCUAUGUAAAAAAUUCUGUACAACUUUCUGUACAAUAUUGAUUCCCAUCUGGCAUAUUCUAAUCAGGUUAUAGGUCAAUAAAGUUUUUGAAUUAUUUCA